AUGGCGUUCGGCAAUUCAAUCUUCAAGUAUACAUCGUCUCUUUUUUCAACAAAUACAACAACUACCCUUCCAGACUAUGAUUCUCCACCGGAUUACUCGUCUAUCGAUACAACAACCAAAGAUGUGUCUUUCCUGAAGUCACAGGCCUUAGAACAAAGUUUCAUUCCUACCAGUAUCCUUCAAAUUCAGGCUCAAGGGAAAGUCGCAUAUGCAUCAAUCGGGUCUCCGGCGAAAGAACUCGAGACCCCAAUUAUCGAUCCAAACAACGCGAACAUAGGACCAAAGUACACAAGCAUCCGGGCGCAGAAGAACAGUGGGAAUUGUGUCUUGGUACAAGGUGGGAAGCAUGGACAAGAAGGAGUGCAAGUCGCGAGUACGACUUACAAGUGGGGACCUGGCAAACCUCCUGUGAUCCGGAUUAGCAAGACACUUCAACCCGUUGAAGAAAAGGAAGUACAAGGAUUCAGCAACCACGAAACCGACGAAUUCGAGUUGCAUUCCAAAAGCAUGUUCAAACGAACAGUCUUCUUCGAUAGUCAGAGAUGGGGUCAUUUCGAGUGGCGGUACGCUGACCGUAAGGAACGUGCUAUCGCUGACACAUCGGGAAACAAGUCCAUCAAUAAUCUUCUUGUGUUGGAGAAAGUGGUUGGAAAUGGACAUAUGGAACAGAGGAUCAAAGUCGCGCAAUUGGUCAGGGGGGAAGGUACGAGGACACCUGGAACCUCGAAAAAUAGUGCUGGGAAUGGAGGGCAAUUGGAGAUGUGCUUGGAGGGUAGUGAUGGGCCUUUGAUAGAUGAUGUCACAGUUGUAGUGAGCUGUUUGGUGAUGCUGAAGAAGGAGAUCGAUAACUUGAGGGGAGCGGAGAUUGCUGUCGUUUGUUGA